CAAUCCUUGCCAUAUCGCCUGCUAUUUUGCCCGAGUCGCGUAUUUCGUUCAAAAUAAUGCCUGGCGAAGAGAACCUCCAAAAACAUAUCGAUGGCUCAGACAGUGAGGGCGAGGAGAGCGACGUCGAGGAGACAUUCGCUCAAAUCGACAUCGAUCCGUCUAAACUAACACCACUUUCGCCCGAGGUUAUCUCCAAGCAGGCUACUAUUAACCUGGGAACCAUCGGACAUGUCGCACACGGAAAAUCAACAGUCGUGAAAGCGAUCUCGGGGGUAAUGACUGUGCGAUUCAAGAAUGAGUUAGUGCGGAAUAUCACGAUCAAGCUGGGUUACGCAAACGCAAAAAUUUACAAGUGCGAAAACGAAGCAUGUCCGCGACCAGGCUGCUACCGCUCAUAUCGCUCAGAUAAAGAAGACAACCCCCCGUGUGAACGCCCAGGAUGCGGCCACCGAAUGAAGCUCAUUCGCCAUGUCUCCUUCGUCGACUGUCCCGGUCACGACAUUCUGAUGGCUACCAUGCUUAACGGUGCCGCCGUCAUGGAUGCCGCAUUACUACUCAUUGCAGGCAACGAGACGUGCCCUCAGCCACAAACAUCAGAGCAUUUAGCUGCCGUCGAAAUCAUGAAGCUCGAGAACAUCAUCAUCCUGCAGAACAAAGUCGAUUUGAUCAAGGAAGCCCAAGCGCUAGAGCACCAGAAGAGCAUCUCCGCAUUCGUUAAAGGCACCGUCGCCGAGUCCUCACCCAUCGUUCCCAUCUCCGCGCAGCUCAAGUACAACAUCGACGCAGUUAACGAGUACAUCGUCAAGCGGAUACCCAUUCCUGUGCGCGACUUUACCACGGAACCUAGACUCAUCGUCAUUCGGUCCUUCGAUGUCAACAAGCCUGGUGCGGAAGUCGACGAGCUCAAGGGCGGUGUUGCGGGUGGAUCCAUCCUUACUGGCGUUCUGCGCCUCGGACAGGAGGUCGAGAUCCGCCCCGGCAUUGUCACGAAGGACGAGCAGGGACGCAACAAGUGCAAGCCGAUCUUCAGCCGCAUUGUCUCGUUGCACGCCGAGAGCAAUCACCUCCAAUUUGCUGUGCCCGGUGGGCUCAUUGGUGUUGGUACUCGUAUCGACCCCACCCUGUGCCGUGCGGAUCGUCUUGUUGGACAGGUGCUCGGCGCCGUCGGAAAGCUGCCCAAGAUCUACAGCGAGCUGGAGAUCAGUCUGUUCCUUCUGCGUCGAUUACUCGGUGUCAAGACAGAGGACAAGAAGCAGACAAAGGUGUCGAAGCUUGUGAAGAACGAGCUCCUGCUCAUCAACAUCGGCUCGACGUCUACGGGAGGACGUGUGCUCAGCGUCAAGGCCGACCUCGCCAAGAUUCAGCUGACGUCGCCCGCGUGCACAGAGGUCGGAGAAAAAGUCGCACUAUCACGUCGUAUAGAGAAGCACUGGCGGCUCGUCGGUUGGGGAAGUGUGCAGCGUGGAACCGUCCUGGAAGUCGAUUGAGCGCUAUGUGUAGUGAUGUGCAUUUGUUAUCUGUAUCGUUAGAGUGUAUCUCUACGUUGGCUGCUUUGACGACCGUCCUGACGAGUUU